AUGGGAAAUGAGUGCAAAUGCUGCAAGAAAGAGGACGAUUCGCCAAGGAACGAGGUCACGCUGUUGCAGGCACCGGGGACCGCAGUGUUGCCUUGGUAUGCCGGACAUGCCCAGGCAGAGGAGAUGUCAGAGAAGGAGUACAACCAGAAGCUCCUCAAAGUCACCUUAAGAGUGCAACGCCACUGGCGCGUCGUCACUGCGAGGAAGGUCUUUGCGAACAAGGCAGCUGCCUCGUAUACCGGCAGUACCGCCAACAAGCAAACCUUCUUGCUCCACUAUCAGGCGAAGUACAUCAUCGCGAAUAACCUUCCGGCUAAUGAUGCCCACUGGGAUUCCGAUGAUCCCGCGUGGAUUGGGAAAGCUUCCAUGUCGAAGCGCCAUCGAUUUCUUAUUCGGCGGAACCUGCAUUGGCGGUGGUUUAAUGCACUCGUUUUUGGCAUGAUGGAUGAGCAAGAACGAGUUUUUCCGAUGAGCACGUGUGCUCAAGACGCGCUUACAGAGAUCAGAACGAUGAAGGAAGCCGCGCUCACUUGGGUGAAUGGUGCUCGCGAGAGUGAGGGCUGGUCUCACAACGUGGGAUUGUUCUUUCAUGUCUACGGCCACAACAGUGUCAAUUCCCUGCAUCUGCACGUGGUCGAUCUGGACUUCACUGGACCCAGCUUUGAGAGUCAGAAGUUCAAGAAUUUGCCAAUGGAUGCCGUUCUCCAGGUACUGGAGCAGGAAGUUGCGGGGACAUCCGACCGCUGCGAGACCAGCUCGAUGAGCUCUUUGCCGGCAAUCGACGAGUCGAUCGACUUGAAGCAGGAGACCGUCAAAGCGAGUCCUGUUCUGAAUGAUGCUGAUAUGUACCGACGAGCGCGGCUGAAGUUGUACGAGCUGGGGGGCGUGCGCGCUUUGCGGGACCAGUUGAGGAGACAAGGCUUCCUAAAGGCUGGCAGCCCGAAGCUGACCACCAGCAACAAGCCAUUCAAUGUGUUUGCACGCUUGGCGUACCAAGACACUGUUGGACGAGCCCUCUGCACUUCUGACACCAGCUUUAUCAAGAUCACCGGAAGCUCUCCUAAAAGCGCUUCUUCGGCUCUCUCCUGA